GAGUUUCCUUCGUGACGAAGUGUCAAUGUUCCGCUUGUGAUUGGUCAGUUGCCCAAAAGACGCCUGACGUUGGCCGCUUUCUUCCUGAAAGUUGAACUUUUUUCAACUCUCCGUAUGGCAGAAAAAAACGCUGGGAGAGGCGUUUAAAAAAGCGGCCGUGACUUUUCCCAGAAACGCUCUGCUCCAAAGGAAUAUAAUGUAAAACAAGCGCUGGCAGAUUAAAAAAAACGCUAGAUGUGAACGCGGCCUAACUCUGUUUUAAAUGACGCUAUAGCUCCGGUAACGUCGUGUUUUAAAGCUUUUUCGUGUGAGAAAGUAGCAGUUUAGGUCCCCGUUGUUCCGCCAGUUUAUCCAAAUAACGCUUGUUUGCACUUUUGCUCCGCCGUGCUGGGAGAAGUGCAGACCAGCCCCACCUGUGGUGGUAAAUGGUUGAAUAAUGACAUUUAAGUUACUGUUUGCCUUAUUGUUUGUCAUUUCCACAUAUAGAAUUUAGCCUUUGCUCAGUCACCCUUGCAGCUUAUCCAGGUGUCAGAUUCUGUCACUUUUUUGACGGCUGAAAGGCUGAAAAACUGAUCUAGAGUGAUCCAACUUUACCUAUCCAUGACUUGUGAUGUUUUUUUGUGCCUUCCAGGAGCAACUAAAAGAGCCUUAACAUCAUGGAGGAAUUGGAUGAUGUUACUGUUUCAGUUCUAAAUGCUGCCAGCAUAGAUGAGGCCUUACUCCACACCCUCAGUCGGGAUGAUUUAAGAGACCUUUUUCCUGGGCCAGAGAACUUUCUCAGGAGGAAACAACUGUGGGCUCUUAUUAGCCAUGAGGAUGAGAAUGCCACUUUACCAGACAAAGCUGGCCCAGGUGAAACAGGAACUGUGUCAUCACUUCAAGGAUCACCUCCAGUAUCCCCCCACACAUCCACUCCUGUGUUGAAGAAAACCUUACAGCUUCCUAGUCCACCAGAAUAUGUUAUAUACACAGACACUGAGUUGGAACUGGCUCGUAAGCACCAUUUUGAGAUAGGUAGAGAGGGGGAAUCUGUAAUGUCUAAAGAGUUGAGAUGCAGGCUGGUGAGGAACACUGUUACCAGCAUGAUCUCAAUCUUAAGAGCAAGUCAACAAGGAGAGGAGCUCCGGUACCCCUCUAAGCAUGAGGUCACCGCAAUGGCUAAGAGACUAGUGGAGUAUUAUCCCAUGCUACAGGAUAAAGAUGAACCCAUCAAACAUAUGAGCAUGUACAGUUAUCUUCAGAAGAGAAUUCUGAAUGUGAAGUCCCCACAGAAGAGGAAGGGGCCCAGACCAGAGAGAAGCAGUUCAACCAAAAGACGUCACAUUGACUUCUCUCCAAGUGACCAGGGAGAAGAUUAUGAUGCAGACUCAAGUGGUGGAUCAACAAUUCUUUUGCCACCUAGGGGCAGUUCUGAAGACGACAGUUCAGCGGACAAAGAUAGUCUGGCAGCACUGCCAGGCAUUACAAGACUCUGCAGGAGAUGUACAAAAAACCAAAACCCAACCAAGAUGCUGUCUGCCAGAUCCUUGACCUUGAGUUUCAAUCAAGAAGAGCCUUCAUUGACAGUGGCAUUCUGAAAGAAGAGGACAGACCAGCAAAGAUUUUCGAGGCAUAUCCAUGUUUCAAAGAGCUUCAUCAUGUGAUGGAUGAGCUGCGGCGGAUUCUGGCUAAGGACAACAGCAAGUUCAUCAAUGAAGUAAAGAAGAGAUGGGCCGACUUCUGCUCCAUGGUGCAGUUUUAUGGUGUUUGGAGGAAAGUGUUGAAGCCACCCAUGAGCCUGGGUGCAGUGGAAUCCAACAUUGCCUUGUUCAGGGCACUACCCACACUCUUCCCCUCACCGUCUGCGCCACCUAAGAAGAUGGGACAGGCCAGUGAGGCAUUGCUUCAUGUCCUUCAGCCAACAGAAGAGCCAGCCAUCUACCUCCAGAAGAGAACCCUCUUCAGCCCUGUUUUGGUCUUUGAUGGGUCCCGCUGUCUUCUGGCAAUUGGAAACACUCCUGUCACUACAUUUGCCAAAGAAGAACUUGGUGAAGGGUUGCUGUAUCUGAUGGGUUAUUACUAUACCCUGCAUCUCACCUAUCCUAAGUGUGUGGCGACCAUUCUCUCUGUCAUUCAGACAGAGGUCUUACAGGACAGUAUCCACGACCGAGACACCACAGGCUCGUACAAAAGAGUCAUGGCAGAGUGGAAUGCUUUCAUUAAGAAAUAGAGCUAUUCAGGCUGUUCAGCCAUGUUCUGUCUUAUGAGAUUGAGAUAUUUCAUUGUUAUCAAAGAUAAUGAGGUCAUAGCCUCUUACCUCUGGGUUUCAGAGGUUAAUUUUGCAAAUAUUAUGUUAUGAUUGUAAAUAUUGUAAGGAAUCUGCAAACACUUCAAAUAAAUGCUGUUAACAAUA